UAAAUUGAAAAUUUAUAUUCACUGCUAUUCAGAAACUUUACUCCGUCUGGAAUAUUCGUUUAUCAUCCUCUCUUACUUAUGCAGGAGGCUAAGAUUGUAUGCCCACUGUGAUGAUGGGCUGGCAAACCGUAAGUGGAAUGCCACUGGAUUCCUGCCCCUCUUCCUCCACCAAGCCAGCCCCAGCCUUGCGGUACGAUCUCCUCCAACUUUUUUUAGCCAAUGUUUUUAGCUUAGGUUUCUGAACGAAGAAUUGUCGCAAUCGCUCUCAGCGUCUGCUCAUAUCUGCACCUCCAGCAGCCAGACAUUUGCCUACCUUGUGUCUGCCUUCACAACCCCGCAAAAUGACGGUAGCAUCCAAAAUCACCUCAGUGUUGCUGCUAACUACAGCGGUCGCCGCCGAUUGCGCCAACACCCUCAAGCCAAUUAACGAUGCCAAGCUUGCCAAUGGGUGGUCUUACCGCCCUGUUGCGACGGGAUUUACAAAACCAAGAGGAAUACAAUUCGACAAGGAUGGCGGCCUGCUCGUGGUGGAUGCCAAAGUCGGCAUUUUCCACCUCGCGUUGAAAGAUGACGGCGAUACAUGCGUAACCGCCAAUAAGACAACUCUUCUUCAAAACAAAGGCCUCACACACGGCAUUGCCCUCUCAGAAGACGGCAAGACUCUGUAUGCCUCAACACCAACAAACGUGUACGCAUGGUCGUACGAUAGCAAGGCCAUCAAACUUGGUGGCUCGAACCGCACUGUUAUCUCCAAUAUGACCAAUAUCGAUCAGGUUACUCGCACAUUGACCAUGUCGAGCAAAAUUCCCGGUACUCUACUAGUCUCGCAAGGUAGUGCCUCUGACGAAGAUCAGAAUUCGCUCGACAAGCAAUCUGGCCAUUCUCAGAUCCGCAGCUUUGAUCUCACAAAGCACACCGAUUCUGCGUAUAGCUUCACUGAUGGCGAUUUGAUCGGCUGGGGUCUCCGCAACUCCGUCGGUGUUGCAGAGCACCCAACCACUGGCGGUAUCUGGUCUGUCGAAAACUCGGUAGACAACCUGAUCCGCAACAAUGUCGAUCUCCACGCCGACAACCCAGGCGAAGAGCUCAACUAUCACGGCUUGGUUGAUAAAGCGGACGAUAAAGACCGCGGUCGGAAUUUUGGCUUCCCCUACUGUUUCACAGUCUGGGGCACCAAGAACAUUACCGACCUUGGAAAUCUAAAUGUUGGCGAUCAAGUUCCUGAUGGCCUUGGUCCCAAGGAUAUCACGGAUGGCGUAUGCAACUCACAAUAUGCUGCACCCGUCCUUGCUCUCCAGCCUCACUCCGCACCGCUGGAUAUCAAGUUUAACAAGGAUGGCUCAACAGCCUACAUCUCGUUUCACGGCAGCUUCAACAGCCCCAACCCUGUCGGCUAUCGCAUCGCUUCCAUCUCUUUCAAGGAUGGUAAGCCUAUUGCUGCACACUCGAGCACUGACGCUGCCAAAGAUGUGAUUACCGCUGCCGACUUGUCAAAAUGCACCAAGCCAGCCAACUGCCUGCGUCCUGUAGGCCUGGCCCUCGAUGCCAAAGGUCGUCUUUGGUUCUCCUCUGAUAGCGGUGAGAUUUUCGUCAUGCAAAAAGACCCCAACGCCAGUGAUGGUAAGGGCAGUACUGGUACGAUGUUACAUCCCGGUUGGGUUACUGUCUCGUUGGCGGUCAUUCUAGCGUCAUUUAUUCUUGUAUAAAUCCAUUUUUAUUGUCCAUAGUUUUCAAUUUGGGGCCACGAUUAGACAUAUAGAGCCAUUUUUAUCAUGUCGAAUAUCGGCUUGCUUUCAAAUGUUUUUAUUUACUUCAUUAUGACUAGUGCAUGAUUGCUAAACGCCCUCUAAGAGCAGCAUCUAAUCAACCCUCGCCAUUUUCGUCUUUUAUUUUUAAACUCGCGAACCGUUUGUUUCAUCCAACUCUUACUCAGCAAUGGUCUUGACAUUCUCCCAUUCGCCACGGAGAUUCUCCUUCCACAGUGAUACCUUGUUGUCGGCGCCACUAACGGCAAGAACGUUGCCACUCAGCGACCAGCUUACGCGCCAGACGGGUGUUUCGAAUUCAAGAACCUUAAAGUCCCACUUGCUCGGGCUGCCAGCUGUCGAGUCGCUAGUCCAGAUGCGAACGGUUUUGUCUUGUGAGGCGGAAGCAAUGUAUGACUUCUUAAGGACCGUAGGUGACCAUGCAACGUCACGAACCCAGUCUGAGUGGCCGGUCAGAGCCUCACCUUCCUGCUUGUAGGACUGCGAGGCGGCGUCAAAUGUCCAAAUCUUGAGCACGUUAUCGCUGCCGCCAGUGACAAAGCGGCGGUUUCCAACGGAACUGGGGCUGGGAGAGCUGCUGACGAUGCUACCCGGGGCGGUUGCGGGUGCCCAGGAGACAGAGUUCACACCGAGACCAUGAGCUGGGAAGGUGGUGUGGUCGACACUAGCAUCCUUGAAUUCAAGAACGCUAACAUUGCCGUCGGAAGAUGCGCAGGCAAGAAGGCAUCCAGCCUCAUGAGGAGCCCAGGCUACAACAUUUACUGAAGCCUUGUGCAACGGGAAGUCGUAGAUGCGCUGCCAUUGGCUGUUUUGGGCUCCCUGUUCCUUCCAGAUGAAGACCUUGCCGUCGUA